GCGACCUUCAGCAGUCAUCGGAUUGAGAAACGGCCACCGUGUGUUAUGUACUUUAAACCAUGUAGUUAUAUUUGCUGAAUUUUUAUCCGUGAGUCAUCAUCAGUUAUAGAGCAAUAUGAGUGUAAACAACAUGUCAUAUUAGUGUUUACAUUUUUACAUUUUCCCAAGUCGUGUGCGCAUGACUCGCGCUGUUACGGUAUCGCAUAUCUGUCCUGUUAUGAAGCUUGUAUGCUGACGGACUGUAAUCGGAUAUACAUUGUGUCCGGUCCGGAUUGAUGGACGAUGGGUCUGAUCGCUCGCGUGCGUAAAGAAUGGUUCAUCAUCGUCCUCGUGAUCACGUGCGCCAAGCUCGCGCCGUUCUUGGGAGUAAAAGGAGAGCGGAUGGCGGCCGGGUGCUGCGGGGUGAAGAAGCAGAAGUUGUCGGGAUCCCCUGGGGCGGGGUGUCCCGGCGGGGCGGGAAGCGGGGUUGCCGGGACCGGACAUUGUGGAUCGGAAUUGGGCAUCGGGUCAUCUUCGACUGUUGUGGCCGGGAACGUGAAUCGGGUGAACGGCCUGGGGGGUCCAGGGGGUAGUAGUAGUAGCAACACCAAUGCUCUGUCCCCAACUCCAGGAGGCUAUUACUCAACCGGCCUCUCCCCGAACCUCAGUCCCGGACCUGGCUUAGGGAGCGGGGCUAGGGAAAUGGUAGUUUCGGCGGAGAUGUGUUGCUUCUGUUUCGACGUGCUUUAUUGCCAUCUAUACGGAUACCAGCCUCCUCGAACACCCAGGUUUACAAACGACCCUUACCCACUGUUUGUCACUUGGAAAAUCAGCCGGGACAAGCGGUUGAGGGGUUGUAAAGGUACAUUUUCUGCCAUGAACCUGCACUCAGGACUCAGGGAGUACAGCCUUACCAGUGCCCUUAAAGACAGCCGCUUUCUGCCCAUAACGAGGGACGAGCUGCCCCGCCUUUUUUGCUCAGUGUCUCUGCUUAGCAACUUCGAGGAUGUUGGUGAUUAUCUAGACUGGGAGGUGGGUGUUCACGGCAUUAGGAUAGAAUUUUUUAAUGAAAAAGGAUCGAAGUGCACCGCCACCUACCUGCCAGAGAUUGCGAAGGAGCGAGGAUGGGAUCACAUUCACACCAUAGAUUCCUUACUUCGAAAGGGAGGUUACAAAGCUCCCAUCACAAAUGACUUCAGGAAGACUAUUAAGUUGACCAGGUACCGUAGUGAAAAAAUGACGAUGAGCUACGCAGAAUACAUCGCCCACCGGCAACACCAUCACUACCAGAACGGCAUCGAGCACCCUCUCCCACCGUAGAACCAUUAUUCCUGCCAGCGAGCCCAAAGACCAGUCACUGGACCUCUCCGCGGACCUCUUCCCGGGAGAGCCCGCCCCCUCGUGGUCUAGCUAUCUGUACUACUGUACCAUUUUAUGAUCAUAGUUUCCGUUGCCAUGUCGACAGUCAGAUGGCGGCAUGGCAGCGGGUGGCAAAUAAGCAUUACGUGAUUUUGAAGCGAAACAAUUCAUUUAUUUUCUCAUUUUUAUUCUUUGUAUUAAUUUAGUUUUUGCAGUGUAUAUAUUGACAUCUUAUAACCCCUUGUAAAUAAACAAGUACUACGUUGUUUUUUUCCCCCAACAAAUUUCCUAAUCAGGUUUUUGAGUCUGUGGAUGGAAAUAAGUCAUACUUAUGAUGGGCUAGUCUUGAAGAUAGGAUUUUACAUACCGGUACGCUUAUUUUACAUACGCUUUAGCGACUUGUCAAUUUAUCAUUUCUCAUUCGUUUGACGUUGUAUUACGUAGACACUCGUACAACAUAAGCAAUGACGUACAUCCGAGUGAACGAGACUGAGGGAAGUUAGCGAGGGAAUGUCAUAAAAAACGAACUGGAACGCAGGGCGAGUUGGAGCUGGUUACGUCAGUCACGUGUUUGUUUAUGUGUCACGUCCGCAAACGUGUCCAAAGUUUAAAACCACCAGAAUUGGCUAUUGGGUGCACCUACAGAUUUUCCUUUAUGCAAAGCAGUUUUGCGUUAAGCAUUUGAAUUGAAUUUACUCUACAGUCUGUUGCCAUUUUUUGUGUAGUGUGUCCUUUUUGACUCAGGUGUUUCAUAUAAGGAGACCUCAUUAUGCCCUGCUCACUGCUACGACACAUUACGCCUUACAAAGUAGUCCUGCUUCCAAUGUUUUUAAUUGUGAUUUUUUUUUCAUAUAAUAUAAUAACAUACUUUAUAUAAUCUUUGCUAAAAUAGGCGGACUUUUAAAAUUACAACUAUAAAGAUGAUAAACAUUUAAACUACAAGAAUUCACACUCAGACGCAAGGAUACAGUUUCUACCGGAGCAGCAGGGGCCUCAUGUAUAAAACUGUGCGUGGGAUUCUUACUAAAAGUCUACGUACGCACAAAAGCCAAAAAUGGCAUACACCAAAAAUUAUGAAGACUUAUAAAACAAAGCAAUGUUCCCUUUAUAAAUCACAGAUCACCUGCAAGUGUGCAUACUCAGAUCCCACCCUGCAAGCCACUUCUCCCAUCAAGUUUGUUUUUUAUAGAUCACAACCUUUGCGUGGGAACUAACGUACGCACAUUUCCAGCACUGUUUUGUGUGUACGCAUGCUUUAUACAUGAGGCCCCAGGAGUCUAAUAAAUGUUACACUUGUUAUUUAUUCCGAGUUGUGCUUUUAGAAAAUGUAAUACUAUGGUGCAAGUUCACGGACUGCACAGCGAUCAAAAUAAAUGUGCAAGGACAUUUAAUGAGUUUGGCUGUGGAUGCUUUAGAAGUUCUUCAUAAAACUGUUGAACAAAGAUUAAAUGAUGAUCAGAAUUAAGAGCAUCAGUGAGCAAUGUUUGCGUUGUUUUUGAGUUCCCAGUAUUUUAAGAGUUUGACUUUCAAUGCUUAUUUUAAGUGUUAUGUUAAAUUGUUAGUAAUUUCCUGCAUUAGCAGUUUUGAAAUGUUGAUGAUAAUUUUAGCAUUGAAAGUGUUAUAAAUUGACAAUAAAGUAUUUUGAUAUAUUGAA